AUGGAUGCUUGGGANGACCUCGUCUAUGAUGAUGACGUACUGGAGUCAUUUCUUAAAAAAUGUGAUUCUUCUUCUUCUCUUAUACCUGGUCCUGCGGGUAAUGUUCAGGCGGCCAUGCUGAAUAGGAUAACUACUUCAGGGGGAAAAUCCACACAGGAAUUUGCUAAUGAUGUUGCCAAGGCAACAUAUGAAAGAGAUUUUACCUCCAAUGCAUGGAAGUGGGCUGAAAUGUUCAUUGAACACCACGGUCUAGUAACUGAUGACAAAAUAGAGAACAUCAAUUCACUAAAAGAAGCAAAGGGAAUGGACAUACUUCCGGUUGUUGCUUGCUUAAUAAAGGAAUGCAAGCCUACAGGUCUGGGGGACAUGCAGUUGACUGUAAAGGAUCCAUCACGUACCAUGAAGGCUUCAGUGCACCAUAAAGUUCUUGAAGAUCCUGAAUUUGGAGAUAACCUUCGAGGUAAAUCCUUUUGUGCAUUUAGGCCGAACCACUACCUGAAUAUCGUUCACCGCAAUGUAGUCAAGGUCUUUCCCCCUGAAAUUAGUCCUCCAUCAGCUGAACUAGUGAAGGAAACUCCAAAACCGGUCAUUCGACUUCCAAUGUGGGCUGAGAACAAUGACAAAGUGGAUGCCAUCCUCCGUAAAUUUGUUCGACCAAGUGACCAACCAUCAACAUCUACCAAUGAACCUGCAACAUCAUCCAAUGAACACCCAACUGACCAACCACCAACAUCAACCAAUGAACCACCAACAUCAUCCAAUGAACCACCAAAUAACCAACCAUCAACAUCAGGGAAUCAACCUCAGUAG